CACGCAAUACCUGAUGGGUGUAGAAGUUCCAGCGACAGACCAGCAAUCCUUGCAUAGGCUUUCACUAUGCAUCCCCGCUCCUUUUUAGGCGUCGGGUUGCUUCUCUUCAUUUUAGAAUUCCUUCCGAGCGUGGCGGUCGUGUAAGGUAUCGCGGACAUUAUAGUCAAGUCAAGAUAGCCAACGAAUCAUGGACGGCAUGCAGCAGCAGCGCGUCCUAGCCGACGGCUGGGGCCAACAGAGUUCGGGCAGCGUCUUCUGCGCCGACUCGAGUCUUCGCUACAUCUACGAGAGCAACGGUCAGCACGUGCCCACAUCUCAGCAAACUCUUGGUGGCUACAGCAACACUAACAAGGCUCAACCUCAGGUCUACGGUAAAAGCAAUGCCGCCAACAACAUGACGUUCGCUGGCAAGCGCCCUCGCGAUUAUUCAAGCGAGAACGCCCGGCCCAAUGGUGGCGUAGACCUCUUUGAAGCGGAGAUCGCCAGGGCUUGCAACGCCAUCCGUAAGCAGACAGCCAGUAUGCCUCACUCGUACCGCGAAUGUUCGGUGUGUCUGAGCGCCAACGCGUACGCGCAAAUCUCGUCAUGUGGCCACACUUUCCACCCGAACUGUUUCUUGCGGUGGUUCCGACUUAACCGCUCCUGUCCGCUAUGUCGCGGAGUUGUGGACAAGGUGCAAUUGGCCCAAACUGUUGGUGUACAGGACGAACUGGAGGCUAUUAUGGCCGAGAUUGACGACGAGCCGCUCCAGUUAAUGCGCGAAUCUCAGCAACUGCCCCGUCCUGAAGCGGACGUGGCUGCUCUAGACGACCAGUUAAUGUCCUUCCUCGAGUCAGAUUUUGACACCGACAUGGAACUCGCUGCGUUGGAUGAUUUGAGUUCUUCUCCAGGAUUCGAGUUGUCGUCGAUGAAGCAGGAAACUGGUGGAGAUGAACCGAUGGGGAUGGAGCUGGAUGAACUAGUGGAUAGUGGAGACAAGCAGGAGGUUAUGGCUACACCGAGUUACGCCGUACCGAACAACUUCGCUUCUCAGCAAUUCCCACCAGCGUCAGCUAUGCCAAACUACUGGAAUGUUCUGAAUCAAGGCAUGGCACCUCCUAUCAUGCCUCCAGCUCCGGCUGUACCUCCUUACGUGCCAAACCACCAGAGAAUGGUGCACAUUGCACCCAAACCGGACGAUAGAACCGUGCAACACGUGCGAUCACCGGCCGCUACGAGUGUGAGGGCGACAGAGCCGACGUACAAGAUGCCAGCGCCCCAAGCUCCCCAGCAGACUCAUCAUCACCAUGUAGUGCGUACUAGCGCUCCCUCUGUACCUCGUGUGGUGUCGUGCAGAUGCACUGGAGGAUGCAGGAAUGGCCGCUGUGCCUGUGUCAAGGAAGGAGGAAUGUGUGGCACCUCGUGUCGCUGCACGUCCUGCAAGAACCCCUUCUUGAUGGUCAAAGCGGCAGGUGCAGACAUCGACGCACUGUUUAAGGACGACUGCUUCAUGCACAAUGUGUCUAAGACCCGAGAUAUGGUGGUGCGGUUACAGGAGCCUGUGUCUGUGCCGUGCUGUGAAGCUACCAUCAAGGUCGUGGACUGCGUACAGGGUUACACGUGUAACUCCUGCAAGCGUCGCUACGACUUUUCGUGGUGCAUGAACAAACUGCUGGACAGCGAGCGUACCCCGCGUAACCACUGUGCGAUCUGCAAGCGAUGCUGCGACCAUCGUGACGUGCACUGCAACGACUGCGGUCGCUGCUAUUUCGCCGGUGUGGCUGCUAGUCUCCCGUGUCCGUGUAAGGAGGCAUCGAGUCACAAGAAACGCCGUGAAGCUGCAGCAAAAGACAAGGCCGAGGAAGCAGAGGAAGAAGCUGAAGGCGAGUGCUGUAUCAUGUAGCUAAAAGUCACCCAUUCCCUUUUUCGACUCCACCGCCACCAUGGAGAAUUUCUGAGAUCAUGAAAAAAAAAAAUCGUGUUGUCAUUUUGUAACAGUACAAAAAGUUUGCAAACCCUCAAUACCUUGCCUCGUCGCAGAUUCUGAUCGGAAACACGCAUCGUUUGUGUUCGACAAGGCUUGAAGUUGCAGUGCAGACUGUUUGGCGAAACUGUACGGUUGACUGGUUCAAGUUGCAGCAGAUCCAUUCGACAAAAUGGUGCUUGGUUGGUUCUUACAAGCAGAUCACGCACCGAAAGCGGAUCUGUGCGAACACGACGGUCCGAUGCAGCACAUCCGGGCAACGACGAAGCCCAAGCACCAUUCUGGGCUGUAGCGGUUCAGGGUGAACUUUCGUUGCCAGUGGCUUGCCGGCAAGUCUCCACGUGGCUAGAGCGGCAACUUCGUAAAGUCAUCGAUGUUUGCGGAUACCAGUAUCGAUAAAACCAAAAAAAGAGGUACAAAGGGCGGAUUUCUAUUCAUCCAGCGAUAAUUGCUGCUAGUUUUGUGCCUUGAUCACCUUCAGAUCGUUCAAAAAGGCAACUACUUCCUGUGAAAAAGUAGGCAGGUCAACUUGGCCGCUCCACUGCAAGCACUCGCCUUCCAUCUUGGACGCUGCCUCAAGUUGUGGUUGCGUCAGAAUCUCCUUGAUGUAGCCAUUUAGAAACACUUGGUAGAACGAGGCAAAGUCCACAGCCGCAACUCGGUGCAGCAACUGGAUAACUUCGUCCUGCAGCAAAUUCAUCUCGCCGCGCGUCAAAAUGUUCAUCAAUGUCGAGAGGAAUCCCAUGCGCAGUUCGCUCUGGAAUCCUGUAAAGGCAAACAGUCCCUGGGCUUUAUCAACCCGAUCCAGCAAUCCCAGCACCUGCUUACAGAUACGCGGUGCCAGAUUGGACCCUUCGCGGCUCAAAACACUCGCCAGACUCUGGAAAAUGGACAGGAAAUACGUGUGUGCUUGCUCCGACGCGUAUCCGCGCUCACGUGCGCCAUCAGGAGUAAACUGACCCGAGUAAACGAUGAAGAAGCGGUAAUGUUUCUCCAAUAACUGCUCCACCAAAGCCACAAAAUAACCCAAGAUGACCGAGUCGCUUUCUGGGUGAGAAAAGAUAACCUAAAACAACAUAAUUUAACUAUUAACUAAUGAAUUAAACAGCGUGCAACAUGUUCCA